AUUUUCUUUCUUUUUGGCUUUUCCCUUUUGAGGGUAGAUGGGAUUUGUUAGCAGCCUAUUGGGAAUAAUCGGAUUCGGACUCGGAAUCCCCUUCGGUCUUCUCUUUGGAUUCUUUUUCUUCAUGUACUGUGAGCCCAGAAACGUAAAGGCACCGAUAAUUCGGCCGCUUCGUGAGUUGGAUGCAAUCUCUUUGCUUGAUCUUUUGCCUGACAUUCCCCUCUGGGUGAAGAAUCCCGACUAUGAUCGAGUUGAUUGGCUUAACAAGUUUAUAUUUGACAUGUGGCCUUACCUUGACAAGGCAGUGUGUGGUACAAUAAGGAGUAUGGCAGAGCCUAUAUUUUCAGAGUACAUAGGCAAGUUUCAUAUAAACUCAAUAGAUUUUGAGAGCAUGAGUCUCGGAACUCUUCCCCCAACAGUUCAUGGUAUAAAAGUACAAGAGACUAAUGAAAAUGAAUUAGUUAUUGAGCCUGCUGUGAGGUGGGCCGGAAAUCCGAGCAUAACUCUUGUGUUGAAAUUGUUGUCUCUGCCGAUUACUAUACAGUUGAUGGAUUUACACAUAAUUGCUGCGACGCGGAUAGUUUUGAAACCUCUCGUCCCCGCGUUCCCUUGUUUUGCCAGUAUCAUGGUGUCUUUGAUGGAGAAACCGCAUGUUGACUUUGGACUGAAACUAAUGGGAGCAGAUAUUAUGGCAAUCCCGGGUCUGUAUCAUUUUGUUCAGGAACAAAUAAGAAAACAAGUGGCUAGUCUCUAUCUCUGGCCUCAAACUCUUGAAAUACCUAUUCUUGAUGCUUCAGUAGGGGCUAUACAUAGACCUGUGGGCAUUCUACAUGUGACGGUUCUAUGUGCACGCAAGCUCUUGAAAAUGGACUUAUUGGGAACAUCUGAUCCAUAUGUCGAACUUAGCCUAAGUGGCGAGAGGCUCCCGGCAAAGAAAACUUCUAUUAAGAUGAAGAACCUGAACCCUGAAUGGAAUGAGCAUUUCAACCUAAUUGUAAAAGACCCACAGGCUCAAAUCCUCCAGCUACGCGUCUUCGACUGGGAAAAGGUUGGGACACAUGACAAGUUGGGAAUGCAAGUGGUUCCGCUGAAAUACCUCUCUCCUUGCGAGACUAAAAAGUUUACCCUUGAUUUACUAAAGAUCACUGUUUAUAAUGAUCCCCAAAACAAGAAGCCGAGAGGGCAAAUUGUUGUGGAGAUGGCUUAUAAUCCCUUCAGAGAAGACAAUAAAGGAUACAUUGCACCUCUUGAUGCAUCCGCAAGUGAGGCAAAUACGGUGAAAAGAAAAUCUAGAGACAAGUCCUUUCAUGGCGCAGGCUUACUUUUGGUCAACGUACAAGGUGCAGAGGAUGUUGAGGGAAAGCAUCAAACCAACCCUUAUGCUUUGAUCCAUUUUAGAGGAGAACAGAGAAAAACUCAGAUUAUCAAGAAAACUCGAAAACCAUGCUGGAAUGAAGAAUUUGAGUUCAUGCUAGAAGGGGCUCCUUUAAAGGAACGUAUUCAUAUUGAAGUCAUGAGCAAGCGCCGAAGCCUGGGCUUCCGACUUAAGGAGUCAUUGGGGCAUGUGGAUAUCAAUCUUACUGAUGUGGUCUACAAUGGACGCAUAAACGAGAAGUAUCAUUUGAUCAAUUCAAAAAAUGGAGUAAUACGAGUUGAGAUACGGUGGAAAGUGAUUUGAGAAGCCCCACAACCAUUUGCUGUUAAUUAUUCUUGACGAAAGAGUUAUUGAAGGGGGAGGGGGGUGGGGGAGGAGUAGAAGAGUGCUCAAACAGCGAAACAGAAUGGGGAACAGGACAGCUGAGGAGAAUACAAGCAUUUGCUAUAAAUUAAGGAGAAUACAACCAUCCACUGUAAAUUACUCAAGUUCAAUUCUCUCCAUUGGAUUAUUGAAUUCAAUUGGCUGUGCAAGUCCUAUUUUAAGGAAUAAUGGCUAUAGUGAUUUGAAUACAUUAUUUUGAUACACAUUGUAUAGAAUACAGAAACCUUAAAAAGGAAUUACCAAGAUAUUACAUGUUUUCACUGGUUCUUUCAUUGUUGAAAAAAAGUUCCAAAAA